CUCAUUUUGACAGAACACUUCUAAAAGUGAGGUAGAAUGUUAAGGAAAUUUGUGAUAUUACGACCAAACCGAGAGAUUAAAAGGUUUCUAAGAAGAUGCUUACAGACAGCUUCGACAGAAGAACACGUUUCAGUCCCACCAAAUGCAAACUCUCCACUGAGUGUGUAUAUGUCAAGAGUCCAUGAUGGUUUGUUGGAUGAAGAUGAAUACCAGAAAACCAUUGUUGCCUCCUUAGAUAGACUCAAUGAACAAGUGAAGGACUACCAGCCACCUGUGAAACCAAAUGGUUUUUUUCAAAAAUUGUUUGGUGAGAAGAAAAUUGAAUCACCUAAAGGCCUGUAUCUGUAUGGAAGUGUAGGUUGUGGAAAGACUAUGUUGAUGGAUUUAUUUCACGAUCAGUGUCCAAUCCAAGGCAAACAACGUGUACACUUCCACAAGUUUAUGUUGGAUGUUCAUCAGAGGAUCCAUGCUUGGAAGCAGUCUCUACCACGGGAGAGAGAUGUAAAGAAACUGCAAACGUACGACCCCAUACCACCAGUAGCAGAUAGCAUCAGUAACCAGACAUGGCUACUCUGCUUCGAUGAGUUUCAGGUGACGGACAUUGCUGAUGCCAUGAUUCUGAAGAGACUGUUUACGGAGCUGUUUAAGAAUGGAGUUAUAGUUGUUGCUACCUCAAAUAGAGACCCCGAUGAUCUGUACAAGAAUGGGUUGCAGAGAAUAAAUUUUUUGCCCUUUAUAGAUAUUUUAAAGAGCCAUUGUGAGGUUAAGUGUCUUGACUCCGGGAUAGAUUACCGCAUGACCAGUCUGCCUAAAGAAGGGACCAUCUACUUCAUGAUGGGGGAGAGUGAGUGUGAUGAAAAGGUGGAUGAGGUCUUCGAGGAGCUCAUAGCUGACGAGGAUGAUGUAAUUCACUCCAAAACACUUGAAAUAUUGGGAAGAGAUUUACGCUUGCCAAAAACCUGCGGUCGAGUGCUUGAUGCUACGUUCAACAGUCUGUGUGCUCAGCCACUUGGUGCAAUCGACUACCUCGAGAUCAGCAAACACUUUGACUCUGUGAUUGUGAGAAAUAUCCCCAAGAUGACGCUGAAACACAAAUCUGAGGCCAAACGCUUCAUUGUCUUGGUUGACACCUUCUAUGAUAAUAAGGUACGUCUGGUGUGUUCCGCAGAGGCGACUCCCAAUGAGCUGUUUACACGAGGCAAGGUGACACUCCGGGAAGAAGAUAUGAACAGAAUGCUGAUGGAUGAUCUUGGGCUUAAAGCAGACAGCACUGAUUCCAACACUAGUAUCUUCACUGGUGAGGAGGAAUUGUUCGCGUUUGAGCGGACAGUGAGUCGCCUUACAGAGAUGCAGACAGACGCAUACUGGAAUAGUCGGGAAACACAGGCACCCUCUUGACCCUAGCUGACAAACUAGGGCCUUUUAUUGUUAUAUUUAUUAUUAGAGAUUUUAGCUGCUCAGCAAACAAUUGUGGAUAUCAAAUCCUAGCAAAAUUUGAAAAAGUUAGUAAUAUUGAUAUGACUGACAUGUGUGAUAUACAUGUAUUCUGUAGUCAAUGUUAGUGCAUUUGUUACACAUUAAGGUAUUUGAUGAUGAUAAACAUUAAGUGUAAAUGGUUGUGUAAAAUAUUUAAAAAAUGGCCUCUUUAGAAUUGUCUAGCACUGGGUUGUAUUUAUGUAUAUAUGAACAUUUUGACACUGCUCCUACUGUGUAUGAACGGGUCAAACUAUGAGCCUAAUUUUAACGAUGGUGUUUUAAUGCAGUGUCAUUAACAACUGUGUUAACCCAGUACGUCCACACCAAACAACACAUCCUGGUUUCCGGUGACUGAUUAUAGAAAAGCUACAUCUGUUGUGUGCCAUGUUUUUAAUGUUAAACAUUUGUGUUGAUUCCAAAACCUGACAUAAUUUACGUAAGACUUUUUUUACAUGAAAUAUAAAGCAUUACUUUGUAGUAGCAUUUAGACCAUUAUGUGUUUAAUUCAGAAAAAGGAAAAGAAUGCCAAUUUAUGUGGACAUUUACACAAAGUUUAGGAACUUGUGCAUGUAUACUUCACAUUAUUUUACAAGAAAUGUUCGAACACAAUGUGAUAUCAGUGUGUGUUAGCUAAAGUUCAUUUGAAUAUCAUGUGCAUGUUAAUACUGAUUAGAUGAAGUUAUAAAAACUCAUAAACUAAUAUAGUAAAUGAAAGUUAGUAAGAAUACCAGAGCACUGUGUAUGUUAACAUUUGAUUGGCAGCUAUACUGGAAAAUUAUGAAAUAUAAUCGAGGAUUUUGUUUAUGAAAAACUAUUUUAUUGUUAUGUUAAUUGUAAAUAAACCAGAUCAAAUUUUA